AUGGCACCCAAGAAGCAGCCCAAGGCCGCAGCGAAGAAGAAGGCGGCCCCUGAGGGGGAGGUUGUUGGCGAGUCGACCGGGUCGAACAACGUCGCCAGAGUCGGGAAGCUCGCGCCGCUCUCGAAGGAGGAGCUCGCUGUCAACGCCGAGAUCUACGCGACUGUCAAUGCGUCGCUGGAGCUCAUCGAGAGUAACCCCGUCUUCUCAGGAAUUAGAGACAUGGCGCCCCUGUCAUUGAAGGUCGCUGGGGACGACGACGCCAAUGAUGACGACCCAAUGAACUGGGGCCAGAUCGCGCCCUUCGACGCCGAGACUUUCACGGACAGCUUCAAGACUACGGGGCGGGUCACCUGUGGCAUCAAUUUCUUCGCCAUGGAUGUUACGUACAGCGCUACACCAGGGAUUCCGAUUCGCAAGAAGGCGGUGUCAUCCCUGACGGAGCACUACUAUGAUCAGCCUGCAUUCUCCAUGGGCUCCGUGACCAUUGGCGUGGCCAAGGAUAGCGACGACGUUCCGAGCUUGAUGGCAUCGCAUAGUCUGAGGCCCCCCUCCCCAGAAGAGAAGCGCUUCGCCUUCAUCGAGGCGAUCGCGCGGGACAUUCGGGCUGGUAAGGACGACUUCGUGCUCAAGCGGCAGUGCGCUCUGUCAGUCAGCGCAUGCUUCGUGGAUCUGUCGACGGAUGACGCCCUGCACUGGCAGGCAGUGCAAGAGAGAGAAGAUUUCGGGACAGACUUCGAGGCGAUGCGUCGCAGCGCCGUGCAGCGCCUCUACGAAAUCGUGAACUACAAGAAACGCAAGGAGGACCUUUCGAAUAACACCCUCACCACGCUGCAGCUCCAGGAGGAGUACAAGAAGGCGAAGCUGGGAUCGCACAGCGAGGAGAUCUCCGACACGUUCAUUGAGAUGGCGCUCAAGGUCCACAAAGCCUGUUUCGGCAUUCAAUCGAUCUCGAAGCUCCUGCCCAUGUGCGAUUCAGAAUAUGGCAGCCGCAACCCCUUUGACUACCUCACCAAGUUGGACAAAAUCAGCCGGCGGGCCAAGGGUGACGAGCUUUCGUGGGUUUUCCAUGCGCUCCAUGAUGCCUGGAAGUAUGGUUUCAUGACAGACAGCGGCCUGUCCCUGAGAUCCAUCGAAGGCAAGGGCACGCUAGCCGGCAAGAGCGUUGUUGACAUCGCCUUUUUCAAAAAGAAGCUGAGGGAUCUGUUCAUGGAGAAAUUGGCCGAUUUUCCCCAGUGGACGGAGGAGGUGAAAGCCAAAUUCAGGGUCGUGUGCGCCGGCCACUUGCUCUUCCGCGAAUUCAACGGGUGCCCAGACGAACGCGCUAACAUCACCUGGAAGGCGGGGUGGCCGCCGAGCGCG